AUGCCCAAGGUUACGGCAACCCUCGGGGACCACAGUCCACAAACAGAGACCCUAAAGAGUCCAACAACCCUCGGGGACCACAGUCCACAAACAGAUACCCUAAAGAGUCCAACAACCCUCAGGGACCACAGUCCACCAACCGAGAUCACUAAGGUUACGGCAACCCUCGGGGACCACAGUCCACAAACAGAGACCCUAAAGAGUCCAGCAACCCUCGGGGACCACAGUCUACCAACCGAAAUCACUAAGGUUACGGCAAACCUCGGGGACCGCAGUCCACAAACAGAGACCCUAAAGAGUCCAGCAACCCUCGGGGACCACUGUCCACCAACCGAGAUCACUAAGGUUACGGCAAACCUCGGGUACCACAGUCCACUAGCAGAGGUCACAAACGUCACGGCAAAUAUCGGGGACUACAUUCCACCAACCGAGAUCACAAAGGUUACGGCAAACCUCGGGUACCUCAGUCCACUAGCAGAGGUCACAAACGUUACGGCAAAUAUCAGGGACUACAUUCCACCAACCGAGAUCACAAAGGUUACGGCAAACCUCGGGGACCACAGUCCACCAACAGAGAUAACUAAGGUUACGACAAACCUCGGGGACCACAGUCCACCAACAGAGAUAACUAAGGUUACGGCAAACCUCGGGGACCGCAGUCCACAAACAGAGACCCUAAAGAGUCCAGCAACCCUCGGGUACCGCAGUCCACCAACAGAGAUAACUAAGGUUACGGCAAACCUCGGGGACCGCAGUCCACAAACAGAGACCCUAAAGAGUCCAGCAACCCUCGGGUACCACAGUCCACCAACAGAGAUAACAAAGGUUACGGCAAACCUCGAGGACCGCAGUCCACAAACAGAGAUCCUAAAGAGUCCAACAACCCUCAGGGACCACAGUCCACCAACAGAGAUAACUAAGGUUACGGCAAACCUGAGAAGGAAAAGUCCAUCAGCAGAGAUCUUAGACCUUUGGGGCUUAAACUCAAUCUGA